AUGAAAAAGGAAAGUGUACUAACCUACUUGCAACACAUAGGACAGUGUCCAGUGUUAAAAUGCUUCGUUUCACGGAAAGGCCUGAAGUCUCUACUUUUAACUGCUUCUGUUGGUGGUGCAGUCAUCAGUGUUUUAUACUAUUGGUUAGUAUCAAGGCGUCCUUCGGAAGCCAUAAUUAAUUCGGAGGUUGUUCGUGAUUUGGCUGAUGUCGAUACAUAUGAUAUGCGGGUUGAAGACUAUUGCUCUCAGACAAAGGUUUCAAGUAAUCGAAGUGCAAGAUCCGUUUUCUCUAGAACUUCAAAUCUCAGCGAGAAACGCCUGACUGUGGAUACAGGGAAAUCUGCACUUCCUUUUACGACUUAUGACCCAGAAAUGGAUAGCUCGUUUUUUGGCGUAGAUUAUAGGAAAUUAGGUCUUCAUGCUCUAGCAGGUGUUGUGGAACAUCUUGAGUCCCUUAUGUCUAAAGUUAAAAUUCUUGAUGAUAAGGGAUUAUCAACUUCAUCAUCAAACUCAGAACAUUUGAUCAAUGACCUGCGUAUUCUUUUGGAACAUGCAUAUCGUUUGCGUGAACAGUAUAAGCAACAGUUGGUUUAUGAUGAUAGUUAUCCUCAAGAAUCACUGGAGUCUUCAGCAACUUCCCAAGAAGAUACUUCCUCUUUUUUCUCUGCUUCUGAACAACUAGACUUAACUGAGCUAGAACUUUUGAUGCAGUUCAACGUUCAAAGGCCUCUUUACUACAAUGCUUUAAAGUUAUUAAAUGGAGGUGAAGUUCCGUAUCGUGCUCUUCGAACACAAUUCGUUGGCUGUGAACUUGAUAUUGAAUAUCUGGGCAAAGUCCACUGCCUUCGUCAGGCAUUCGACUAUAUUUUUCACUGUCGUGAACCUACUGACUGGGUUAUCGAAGUCGGAAAACGGAAUGUAUGUCGCUUAUUGCAUUGCCUUGGAUACCCUUUAACGGAUUUUGAGGGGAAUUAUGAUCGUCUUAUGGAGUUCAUUAAUUCUCAAAAAAAUAAACCAAACAACAUGAUGGCUGAGGAAUUAUUUGCUAAAGGUGUAAAAGUGAUCAAUUUUUAUGAUGUUGUCAUUGACUUAAUGCUUUUAGAAGCUUUUGAAUUAUUAGCUAAUCCACCUAGUACUGUAUUAUCUGUCACUAGACAUAAAUGGUUGAGUGAUAAUUUUAAACGUUGUGCUCUUGAUUCAACCGUUUGGACUAUUCUACUAGCUAAACGAAAAUUAUUAAAAUAUCCAGAUGGAUUUUAUGCGUAUUAUUAUAGUAUGAUUGGUACAGCAUUGCCUGCAUUAGCUUGGGGUUUUCUUGGACCAAAUGAGAAUUAUUUUCAUAUUUGUGAUCGUUUCCGUGAAAUUAUUGUAUCAUUUAUUCGUGAAUCAUUUAUCUGUUAUGAUACUACGUCAUCGUCUACAUUGGCAACAAUCUCUUGUUCUAAUGGUUUAUCAUUAAUUUUAAACGAACAUUCCAUGAAACAAAAUGAAUUUGAUAAAAUUAUUUUAAAUAAUUAUUCUGUAGACAAAAAUUUGAAGAAUUCCACAAUUUAUUCAAAUAAUAUUAAUCAUGGCGGUGGUGAUGAUAGCAGCGCUGAUACUACUAUAUCUGAAUCUGGUCCUACAAUUGUAUGUCUUUCAGAUCAGUUACCACAAACAGUUUCAUCAAAUACUGUUCAUCGUCAAAUUGGUUUGCGUUAUACAACUGUAGAAGAUCUAGCUAAUGAUUUAUAUAAACUAAUUAAUGUUUAUUCUCAAGAUUUAUUGAACAUGUUUAUCAAUGAAUCAAAAUUAUGUGAAAAUAUGUUACCAGUUGAAUUAGAAUCAAAUCCUAUUCAGCCAAUGUUAUGUCGCAGUGUUGAAUAA